UGUGAGCUGAACAGUAAGCGUGCAGCUCAUGACCUGGAUCCAUGCUGACGAUGUUUUGGCUGGUUAAUAAGUGGCAGCGUGUCGGGGUGGUCACAAAUGGGAAACGUGCCGUCGCACAGAUGACCGUCGGUGCUCUGAGACCCGGUGGACAGCAGAGACGAGCUACAAAAAAACCCAACAGGUUUUCAUUUCCCAGCAGCAUGGAACUGUCACUGCUUCAUCCGGCGAUCAAGGCCUUCAUGUGUGGCUCCUUCAGCGGGACCUGCUCCACCCUGCUCUUCCAGCCUCUGGACCUGGUCAAGACCCGCCUGCAGACCUUGCAGAGAAGCGUGCAGCCCGGGUCAGGGCGAGUCGGGAUGAUGUCGGUGCUCCUCGGCGUGGUGCGGACCGAGCGGCUGCUGGGACUGUGGAAGGGUGUCUCCCCGUCCUGCGUCCGGACCAUCCCGGGAGUGGGAAUCUACUUCAGCUCCUACUACUCCCUGAAGCAGCACUUCUUCCAGGACCGCAGGCCGGGAGCUGCGCACGCUGUGAUGCUGGGAGGCGGAGCUCGGACCGUGGCCGGAGUCGUCAUGCUGCCCAUUACUGUCAUCAAGACACGUUUUGAGUGCGGCAGGUACAGGUACGCCAGCGUGAGCGGCGCGCUGCGCAGCGUGUGCCAGAGCGAAGGCCCCGCCGCUCUGUUCUCCGGCCUCGUGGCCACGCUCCUCAGAGACGUCCCUUUCUCCGGGAUCUACGUCAUGUUUUACAGCCAGACCAAGGCCUCUCUCCCACGAGAGAUCAGCUCCUCCCCUUCGGCCCCCUUGGCUAACUUCAGCUGCGGGAUCCUGGCUGGCGUCCUGGCCUCUCUGAUCACGCAGCCCGCCGACGUGGUCAAAACACACGUCCAAGUGAAUCCCCUGCUGGGGACGGCGGAGGCCAUCAAAUAUAUCUACACGGACCACGGGCUGCAGGGCUUCUUCAGCGGAGCGGUUCCUCGGUGUCUGAGGAGGACCAUGAUAGCCGCCAUGGCCUGGACCGUGUACGAGCAGAUGAUGGCACACGUUGGACUCAAGUCCUGAAGGACACACCGGUUAAAAGCUUGCGUGUAAAAGGGAAGACGGGAAGCAAGUCGGAGUACGAAGAGGGGCGGAGGCGAAAAGCUGCUUCAGAGGAGGCGCUGAGAAAAGUACCAGAGGCUUGAGUGGCCCAGAAUAUUUCUCUGUCACUUAGGAAACAGACUGGUGAGCGCAGGAAGCACGCAGUCGCCUUAAUGACGCGGUGGGAGAUGUGGCCGACCCGUGUGAAAGGUUUCCAUGUUGGAUUUUUCAGCUAACGGUCUGAAAUUAGACUUGUGCCUUCAAAUGGUUAAAAAAUGGUUGGCAUCUGUGGUGGAGCAAGUUGAAAAGCAAGAGUUGUUACAGAAAUGAUUUGAUUUUUAACCCCUGAGAUUACAAAUGAAUGCUAAGCUCUUGAAAGAGCUCAAAGAAACAAAGCUGAGCCCUGGCGACAGUGUGAACUCCAUCAAACCUGACUGGUAAAAGGAAGAAGAGUUACUCCUGACAUCACAAACCAACCAAAGAUCAGAAACGAGUUGUGAAAAAAAUACAGAGGUAAACUACAUGUGCUCUCCUACAAAGAGAACUAACCCAUCUAAACCACUCAAUAAACUUUAUUGCAAAUGAAAA